ACAACCUCCUGUGCUGCUGGUCCCUAAGAGCAUCUGCUGCUUGUCACUCGUCUUCUUAGAACGAAUGGACUAGUCAGCCACAUUUACGUUCUAUGGCGUGCGGUCCUUGAUAGCUUACUUAGGUGUACUCUCUAGCUCUUUCAGAGGUGGUACAUCCUAUAGAAUCUUAUCGAGCGCAUUCGCGUCGCCUGGCAGGCACUCGUUUGUGACCUCAGCGUGCAACAAUUCUGGGCUAACAGUCUCUGACAAAACGAAACGUUUUCUUAAAGGCCGCCGUCCGUCACUGUCGGAAGUUUCACGAGAGUUUCGAGGAAGUGCCGAAGUUAUUACCACAUCGCAAGUACACGAAUAGUUGGCCGAAAUCAGUUCCACAUAUAACUAGUCGUUGCGUGACGUAUCAAGCGCUUCAAGCAAGGUCUAGUUUCCUCCUGAGGCAGACCUCCCCAGUCCCCUGUUUUUGCCGGGCCGGUCAGGAUGUCGAGCGGCUCGGAAAGUGAGACAUCAGACUCACCAGGGCUCGCAUUUCUCCCCAGUCCUGUCUAGGUUACAGAAAUAAAUAAAAAACGUGCGUCCGAGUCCGAGUCGAUCGUCCCCUCUGAAGCAGCGUCAUGUCGUUUGUCGUGUGCCGGCGCUUAGACGGUGACGACAGAGAGUCUCUGGAGAAUCAUACUCCUGAGCGGGUCCUCAAUUCAUCCUCCGUAUGCGCCGCCAAAGGAAAGAAAAGGGAAACCAGUAGGCGUGGGGCCCUCGACCCGUCGAGCUCGGGCUCAUCCAAGGAUGCGGGGGAUAAUCGGUGUGAACCGGGCGUUGACUCGUCCAAGGAUGCAACGAGGGUCAAACGGCGCGGGACUCUCGACUCGUGGUUGAAGCGACUCAAGCCGUCAACCGCAUGCCCGGCAGCGCAGAGCGACUCAUCGGAUGAGGCGCUCAGAUCGAAUCUCCUGGAUGACGCGGGCCGCUUUGUUCCGACUGAUGUCCACGUCCCGCAGUUGGAGCCGUCGCAGCGUCAUACCUCGCUCGCGGAAGGCGGUAAAGGCGGUAAAGGCUGCGAAGGCGGCGAAGGCUGCGAAGGCGCUUAUCCUAGUGAAGAUCGAAGAUCGUUUCCGCUUGGACCGGCUCCAUUCACGGCCGCCUCGAGGAGAUGUCCGGAUACGUCUGAAUCAUCGUCUGUGAAGUCUCAACUGUCCCAUCUUGAACUCCCGUUCGACUCGACUCGCGAGUUACUUCGUCCUUCCGACGAUCGUUGUAUCGACUCGCCACCAACUUCCACGUGCCAGGAAGGGAUUGGAGCGACGGCAGGCGUUGUCACUUACCGGAGACUCCGUCGAGUGAUGGCUGACGGCGGGGGCAGGAAUGCGUUCCGGCCAGUUCGAGGCAGCUGUACUGCAGGCCGUUCUGCUGGCGAUUCACCUGGCGUUUCCCCUGAAGGGCGCGACUUCACAACCAAAAAAACCGUUGCAGCAGCAGCUGUUCCACGUAGAUUUGCCUUCGGGUUGGCUAAGAAAGCAGCCAGUGUCGCUGAACUCAAGAUAGUUGCGGCUCCUGCCCUGUCAGGCCCUGAAGAGAGGCCACGUGGCACUCCCACACUGCGUUUCUCGCCAAGCCAAGGGUUUCGAGCAGAAGAUACUCGCAGCAGGGCGAGAGUCGGCGAAGCAUCGUGUCUGUCGGAUGACUACGAGAUCCAACGGCUGAGGAAGUCGAAGCUGACGCGCAAGGGUGGCGACAGCGUUGGGGGUGUCUCGCUUGAAGCCGAUCAGCGCCAGAGACUCGAGCAGCAGCAGCAAGAACAGGAACGGCAGAGGGAGCAGGGGCCACAGUGGCGUGAACAGCCGCAGCGGCAGCAGGAACAGGAACGUCAGGCGCUGGUGGAACCGCAGAGGGAGCAGUCGCAGCAGGAGCAGCAGGGGCUGUGUGAGCCUCAGAGUCUUCCAAAAAUAGGGCAGCAGGGGCUGUCGCGGCAGGAGCAGCAGCAGCAGAAGCAGCCACGGCCGCUGCGGCAGCGAAGACAGGUGCAGGCCUGCUUGGACUUCGGGCAGAAGGAUCUGCUGCACAGCACGUGCAGGGUGUGUGGGUUCGUGUACGCCAAGGGGCUCAAGGAGGACGAGGCAGCGCAUGACGCCCACCACAGGCUGUUCUGCGGCAGUGUCACGAUUCAGGGGUGGCGGAACGAGCGGGUGGUGCAGCAGGUGGCAGGGACCAGAGGGGGGCGGAUAGUGCUCAUCAGCCAUUCGGAGUGCACAGGGGGACAGCUGCCUAAGGUGCAGGAGAUAGCAACGAUGCUGGAGAGGGCCAUGGGCGUCAGUCCGACGUGGGUGCUGAGUGGGCAGUGGAAGGCAUAUCUGUGCAUUCGUGAGAAGCAGCUAGUGGGGUGUGUGCUGGCAGAACCCAUUUCCCUGACACAGGCCAUCUCAGUGCAUGUCACGCCGUGCCACAAGGCACAUGCCAUGCACGCACGUGCAGGGCCACCAGCAGCAGCACCAACACCUGCAGCAGGGCGAUCGCCAACAGAAUCCGUGGCUGUGGAUUCCACAGAACCAGCAGUAGCACCAGCUACCACAACGAGAUCGCCAGCAAAAUCUGUGGCAGUGGAUUCUGCAGGAGGUUCGGCAGCAGCAGGUGGAGCAACAGGACCGCCAGCAGAUUUUACGGCUGCCGAUUUCGCAGGAGCAGCUGCAGUAGGGGGGUCGCCUGCAGAAUCCGUGGCUGUGGAUUCUGCAGGAGGGUCAGCAGCAGCAGUGGAAUCUCCUGAAGCAUCAAGAAGGGUGUCAGAAAGUCAACGCCUCUCCACUGAACCACUCAAUGCCGAAUCGGUCUAUGCUGAAUCUCUCUAUGCUAAACAGCCACUCAAUGCCGAACCACUCAUCACCAAACCGCUCAAACCACAUGCCGAUUCCGCCGCUACUUGUGGUAGGAAGGAAGUGCCAGAGCAUCCAGACGGCGAACCAUGUGCGGCUGUGUGUGGUGUGAGGGCCAUCUGGGUACACCCGGCGCACAGACGAAGAGGCAUUGCCACUGAGAUGAUGAAAGCAUUGAGCCGCUCCUUUGCGUAUGCCUGCACGCUGACCCCGUCUGCGAUCGCCUUCUCGCAACCAACGGAUGCAGGCCGGGCGUUCGCUGCUGCAUUCUGCCAUCCCAAACCCUUCCUGGUGUACACAUGACAUGCAGAUGCAGUGCAGCCUACUCUUUGAGUGAUACUACUGUUCCACAACUUUCAAGUCUUUAAUUCUUGUUUGCAAUAUUGGAG